AUGAAGGCGCUAAGAUUCUAUUCCGCAAAGGACCUGCGGGUCGACGACGUCCCUCGACCAGAAUGCGGCGCAGACGAAGUGCGAUUGAAGAUUGCAUAUGUCGGGAUCUGCGGCAGUGACAUUCAUGAAUACCUCAUCGGGCCCAGCAUCCUACCCGCCGACCCAACGAAGGCAGUCAAUCGCUACACAGGUGGUCGCCUACCGCAAAUCAUGGGCCACGAAAUCAGCGCAACGAUUGUCGAAGUCGGCAAAGACGUCCAGGGUUACAAGGUAGGCCAGAGGGUGGCGGUCAACGCGGCCAUCGACGAUCGACAUCACGGCCACGAGCUUUGCGAUCCUUGCGAGAAGGGAAGGCAUAAUAUUUGCGAUAGGAUUUCGUUUUACGGGGUCAACUCACCUGCUGGUGGCUUCGCCGAGGAAAUGGUCGUCAAGUCAGUCGCGCUCGUCCCGAUCCCCGACGGUGUUUCUCUCAAAAUCGCCGCACUCGCGGAGCCAUUGGCCGUCGCGGCUCACUCCAUCCGCAUGUCCGGCUUUCAAAAGGGUCAAAACGCUAUCGUUUUCGGCGCAGGGCCAAUCGGUACGGCGCUGACCUUCCUACUCAAAGACGCCGGCGCGAAAUGCGUCAUGGUGAGCGAGGUGGCUUCCUCUCGACUCGAGCAAGCCAAAGCCGCAGGCGCAGAUCGCACGGUGAAUCCGUUGGAAGAGAAGGUGCUGGACGUCGUGCAUGAGCUCAUGGGCACCGGCGCAGACGUAGCAUUCGAAGCUUGUGGACUCCAAGCGACAUUCGACGCGGCGCUCGCCAGUGUGAAGACGGGCGGGACCAUUUUCAACGUUGCGAUUUUGGAGAAGCCGCUGCAGUUGAAUACAAACAUCCUCACGCGUGGGGAGAAGAAGCUGCUGGCGGGCAAUGCUUAUACGGCGGAGGAUUUCGAUCGGGUGAUGCGGGUGUUGAGCACGAGAGGGUCGGAUGUGGAGAAGUUCAUUUCGUCGGUUGUUCCUCUUGCUCGCGCGGUGGAAGAUGGGUUUGAGGAGAUUGUAAAUAACAAGUCGAAGCAUAACAAGAUCUUGGUGGAGUUGAGUGGGGAGCACUAG